AUGAGUGAAAGAAGAGAAGAAGAUACUACUCUAGUGUAAGCAGCUAUCCCAGCUGCCUUGGAAGGAGCCAAAAAAGCUGAGGAAAUGGAAAGAAAGAUUAAAGAAGAAGGAGGAUAAAAACUUGGAGAUGCAGAGAAGCAAGCAGAGGAGUAAAUUCACAAGGCAUAAGAAAUACUCGCCUUUGCUGGAAGUUAAGCUUAAGUUGCCUAAUAACAAUCCUUAACUGUUGCUGCUGCAUAGUAUCUAGCAGGCAGCUUGUUAUCAAUGUUGAUUCUUUAACUCGGUUUCUUUGGAUCAAUUCUAACCUUCAUCCCAUUCCUAGAAUAAUUGACAAUCAUUUUAUACAUAGUAUCAAUUUUAAUUGUUCAAUUCUGUCCAGGAUCUGUUGAUAAGGUUCCUAAAAAUUUCGGAUUGUGCAUCGUUCAUUCAGCCAGUAAAAUAUUAUUGAUGGUUUACCUUACACUUCAUUUUGAAUCGAUCAAAUUUGAAUUGAUACAAUUAGUAUUUGGUAUCGUCAUUCUAUUUUUAUUAUUUUAAAUUAAGAAAGGAAUAAGUGAAAAUUAAGAAAUUGCUUUAGUCGUUAAGAAAUAAUUCUUCACAGUUUUGAUUAUAUCAGCAGUUAUUUCUGGAUUUUUAGGAUUGUUAACAAGAUCAAACUUAUUUAUUACUGCUAUUUUAAUAGUUGUAGGAGCCGGAUACACUUAUUAUUUAUAAUUGGCUUUGUAAAGAUUUGGCGAUCACAAAUACUUGUUCAUUAAUAAAAAUGACUUGUAUUUGGGUGCUGCUUAAUUAGACGCAGAUCUAUUCUUAUGGUGCAAAUUGGUUGGAUACCAUUGCAUUAAGAGAAAUGAAAAUGGAGCUUAUGUUCCAAAUUUGGAAUUUGAUGAGGAGAACAAAUAGAAGGAACCAGAAACUUAAGAAUAAAACAAAAUCUGAGAUAUUCAUAAGAAAAUAAAAUAAACACAUAAUUUUUACCUUUUUU